AAGCCACAACACUUCGCCUAAUUCGAUACUUCUCUUCACGUUCCAAGAGCCACCUGAAAGCUUCGCUCUAAUUGAUGGCGGUUGCCAACAGAGCCAGGGGCUUCGUCAACCUAUUGUCUCGUUCUUCGUUGCAGACGGGCUCAAAGCCCUUUCAGCUUCGUUGCUUCGCCGCAAAGGCUUCGCCAAUGAGGCCGGCGACGGUGGUAACAACAGUUGCAAAUGCAGUGGAGGACUUAGGGGUUCCUACCGAGGGGAUUAGCCGCCCUCUCUCUGAGAUCCUGAUGGAGCUCGGUAAGAAGGUUCCGGACUCCUUCGUGAAGGCACGGGUCGAAGACGGACAGACCAUCAAAUAUGUUCCAUGGCAUAUUAUUAACCGCAUUUUGAACCUGCAUGCGCCAGAAUGGUCUGGAGAGAUUCGAAACAUUGUUUAUUCGGCUGAUGGGAAAGCUGUAACGGUCAUUUAUAGAGUCACUCUUUAUGGAACUGAUGCUGAGAUCUACAGAGAAUCUACUGGAACCGCUUCUGUUGACGACACACACUAUGGAGAUCCAGUGCAGAAAGCUGAAGCAAUGGCGUUCAGACGAGCCUGCGCACGUCUUGGCUUGGGACUUCAUCUUUAUCACGAGGAUUUGUAGAGAUAAAAAAAAAUGAUGUCUUUCUCGUUUUGUCACAUGCAGUUCUUCUCCUUCUGCACUAAUUUGUUUCUCAUUCUCUUAUUUAAGUUUCUUAAUAGCUGUCAUAUAAACUUAUGUUUUAGCUGCUUCUGCUUUUGUAA